AUGGAAAUUGAUAGACAUUUGGGUUGUGCCAUGAGUGGCUUAACAGCUGAUUCUAGAACAAUGAUUGAUCAUGCUAGAGUCGCUGCUCAAAGUCAUACUUUUACUUAUGCUGAAAAGAUCAAAGUGGAAUCGGUCACUCAGGCAGUAUGCGAUUUAGCACUGAGAUUUGGUGAAAGUGCUCACGGAGAAGAUUCAAUAAUGAGUCGACCAUUUGGUGUUGCAUUAUUAAUUGCAGGAAUUGAUGAGAAAGGUCCUCAAUUAUAUCAUGCAGAUCCUUCUGGAACUUUUAUGCAAUAUGAUGCUAAAGCAAUUGGAUCUGGAUCAGAAGGUGCACAAACUGAAUUACAAGAAGAAUAUCACAAGUCGUUGACAUUGGAAGAAGCUGAAACAUUAUCACUUAAAGUGUUGAAACAAGUGAUGGAGGAAAAAUUAAAUAAUACAAAUGUAGAACUUGCAUCUGUAACACCAGAACGUGGGUUUAGGAUUUAUAGUGAAGCAGAAUUACAAAUAGUAAUUGAGAGAUUAUAG